CUCUCCCUCCUGAACCCACCCACCCGACCUUUUUUCCCUCCCCCUUACAAGUACCCUCAUAUUUCUCACACCGCCUCCAAUUCCUAUAUUUCACAAACCAAAAUUUUUUCUCUUCACCGAUACAUAGCGUUACUACUAACAACAGUUUCAUUCAAGCUGGCGAUCGAUAAACAAGAAACAAGUGUCCGUGAAUUCAAGCCUAAGAACAGGCGAAUCAUGGGAGCUGGAGGGCCAGAUGAAGAGGAGAAUAGGUGGCCACCAUGGUUGAAGCCAUUGUUAGAGGGACGUUUCUUUGUUCAAUGCAAGUUACAUGCUGAUUCCCACAAGAGUGAAUGCAAUAUGUACUGUUUGGACUGUAUGAAUGGCGCUCUCUGCUCUCUUUGUUUAUCUCAUCACAAGGAACAUCGUGCCAUUCAGAUAAGGAGGUCAUCUUACCAUGAUGUGAUAAGGGUGAAUGAAAUACAGAAGUAUUUGGACAUCACUUCAGUUCAGACCUACAUUAUCAACAGUGCAAAGGUUGUGUUCUUGAAUGAGAGGCCACAACCUAGGCCAGGCAAAGGUGUCACUAAUACCUGUGAAGUUUGUGAAAGGAGUCUCCUCGACUCAUUCAGAUUCUGCUCUCUUGGCUGUAAGAUUGUUGGGACUUCACAGAAUUUCGUGAAGAAGCCAAAACAGUCAUCGGAGAAGAAGAUGGCGGCGGCGGCAGCAGCAGCAGCAGCCUAUGACUCGGAGGACUCUUAUAGUAGCAGCAACCAUAGCCGGCGAAACAAGGUUCAAAGUUUCAGUCCGUCAACGCCCCCUCCAACUUCUGUUAAUUACAGAACAGCCAAACGAAGAAAGGGAAUUCCACAUCGAGCCCCAAUGGGAGGAUUAGUUAUAGGAUAUUAAGUUAAUCGAGUCCAACUUCAAGACCUUCAGUUGCUCCUAAUUAGCAUAUCAGCACCACGUAUGUAUACAGACUUAGUAAUCAGAAUGCAGCUCCUCCAAUUCCCUUAAAACACUAGUGCUUUCUCACGAAAAGGCCAGUGUUUGAUAGCUCUUGAGAAGAGCAGUACUGUAUAUAGUUUUAGUGCUACUAGUAUAUGAAGGGAAAAGUUGGAGGAUGGAAGUUGAAAUAAGAAUAUGUGAAGGGGACUAAAAGGGUUACAAAUUAGGAGUUGGGCUUAGAAAAUAAGUAUAAUAUAUAGUAAGAUGAAAUAUCAGAUACUGUGACUCUUGCCUUCUUGGAGUGGUUAUACAUAUGUUUUGUUUGGUUUU